AUGACCGUGACUCUUGCCCCCGCUCGCCGCGGCAACUCGUCGGCUGCCGCCCCCAAAUCCGACAAGCCGCUGUACGCGUCCCAGAAGACCAUCCCCCACCUCCCCGUCCCCCGCCUCUCGUCGACUCUGCACAAGUACCUCGAGACCAUCCUCCCCCUCGAGACUCGCGAAGAGUACGCCAACUCGGCACGUAUCGUGCGCGAGUUUGGAGAGUCGGACUUUGGCCAUGUCCUCCAGGGCCGUCUCGAGGCUCGCGCUGCCGAGAAGGACUCGUGGAUCUCCGAGUGGUGGAACGAGGCCGCCUACAUGGGUUACCGUGGCCGCCUGAUCCCCAACGUCUCGUACUUCUACGUCCACAAGCAGGGUAUCGGAAAGGGCGCGUCUCAGACGGAGCGCGCGGCCCAGCUUGUCCGCGCUACCGUCGAGUUCAAGAAGCUCGUUGACACCGAGAAGCUUGAGCCUGAGAAGGGCAAGGCCGGACCCCUUUGCAUGGCCUCGUACAAGUACCUGUUCAACGCCGUCCGUGUGCCCACCUCCCCCUCGGACGUUCCCCUCGCCUACUCGCCUGCUCUCAACCACAUCGUCGUCCUCCGCAACGACCGUUACUUCAAGGUCGAGGUUGGCGGCCGUUCCGCCGCCGAGAUCCAGGCCGCCCUCGAGGAGGUCAAGAUCGAGGCCGACAAGGCUCCCGGAUCUGGCCUUGGUGUGCUUACCGGUGACGACCGUGACGUCUGGACCGAGGCUCGUCGUCACCUCCUCUCGAUCUCCAAGGAGAACACCACUUCGAUCCAGGACAUUGACUCGGCCAUCCUUCUUGUCUGCCUUGACGAUGGACCUGCCCCCAAGAACGACACUGAGCGCGCUUGGUCGUACUGGGCCGGUGGCCUUACCCCUGGCCCUCAGGGCAAGGGCCGCAACCGCUGGUUCGACAAGCACGAGUUCAUCGUUGACGAGACUGGAGAGGCUGGCUUCAACGGAGAGCACUCCAUGCUCGAUGGUACCCCCACCCUCCGUCUGAACGAGUUUGUCCUGGCCUCGCUUGACAAGGGAAUGAUUCCCCUCGGCGAGCUCCCCGAGUCUGAGCGUGCCAAGGGCAAGCUCGUGCCCACCGAGAUCAAGUUUGACCUCGACCCCCAGCUCGUCGAGACCAUUGCCACCUCGAAGGCUGGCUUUGCCGAGGAGCUCGGCAAGCAGGACCUCGAGAUGAUUCAGUACACCGGCUACGGCAAGUCGACCGUUAAGAAGUUCAAGGUCUCGCCCGACGCCUGGUCGCAGAUGGUCAAGCAGCUCGCCUUCUACCGCCUCAAGGGCCACCCUGGUGUCACUUACGAGUCUUGCAUGACCCGCAAGUUCCUCCUGGGCCGUACCGAGGUCAUCCGCACCGUCUCGUCCGAGUCGCGCGCCUUCGUCGAGGCCAUGGAGGACCCCAAGAUCUCCGACGCCGAGCGCGAGAAGCGUCUCCGUGCCGCCGCCACCCGCCACAGCCAGUACUCGGCUUGGGCCGCCGACGCCCAGGGUGUCGACCGUCACCUCUUCGGUCUCAAGAAGCUUGUCCGUGACAACGAGGAGAUGCCCGCCCUCUUCAACGACCCCAUCUUCGCCAAGUCGAGCCACUGGGAGAUGUCCACCUCCAACCUGACGUCCAAGUACCUCGACGGCUGGGGCUACGGCGAGGUUGUUCCCGACGGCUACGGUCUGUCAUACGCCAUCCACGACGACAAGCUCUGCUGGGGUAUCACCACCCUGAAUGGCGACGCCAAGAAGAUGGCCGACGAGCUCGCACGCGCUGCCGGCGACAUGAAGUCCAUGAUGGAGCGCGCAGCCAAGUCGGCCGACAAGGCCAAGCUCUAA